CGAGUGUGGGCCACGCUACUAUGGGUUAAAUAGCUGCUGAGCCUUCACACUGGAAAACCGCCUUGAGCAUGGAGCCCGCCGCGUCACCACCUUCAGAGCUGCAGCUCGGUGCGCUGUACGGGCGUUACCGCCACUGGCGGUCCCCCUCGCCGCCACCAUUUGAUCAAUCGAUGGAAGACGCUUCUAACGAACCUCCUGCUUCCUCUCUCUGCGCUCUAGUCGUGCAGUUCGAGGCGACUGCACGAGAAGAUCUGCGCGUCGGCUUUGCCCCCUCGUCCGAGGCCUCUAACGACAGCUCUGAGGACGCUGAAAAAGACAAGAAAGCCCACAUCGAGUGGAAGUAUGAGGUAGCGGUUGGAACGAGUGGAAAUACGGAAUUGGUGUGGCGCAAAUCGGCUUCUGGACGCACCAAGGAGGUGGAUCUAGCCCGGGUCUUCACAGGCCGCACGUGUUCGACCCAGGAGUUUGUGGCGUAUUGGGUUGUGGCGGAUGUUAAGAGUGGCUCAUUCUCCUUCGGUGUGGGCGCUCAGGUGGGCCAGGACGUCCUCUCAACAGUGCAGGACCCGGACUUUGUCAAUGUAACGGAAACAGCCUUCACGUCGUGGGACUCUCCAGUGUCCAUUCGAGGCAUUCAGGUUCGCGGCGUCUACGAGGGCCAGACGGAGGCUCUUGCAGCUGCUAAUAUAGCAGCUUUCCCUCCGCCAAGGCCGAUGGUGCGGGCUGAUCCGUUAGGCAAAGAGGACCUAUUGACGCCUGAGCAGCGUCAACAAUAUGAGACCGAGUAUGCGGCUUCUAAGCGCCGUGCCGAGCGAUUCGGAGCGCCAUUUGCACCGCCCGACAUCAAGAAGUUCCUGGACCCUAGAGAAGUGAGGAAGCUCCAGCGUACAGGUGCCAUUAUGCCAGGCUUCUCGACAGGUAUCGACAUCACGAGUCAAGAGGAGCAGAGCAAGCGCGAACAGCGCAUGAAACGCUUUGAUACACCGCAGUUUGCAGUGGAGUACACAGCUGAGACUGCGAAGGCGUUGGAGCAAGGGAUGACGCAGGUAGAAUGGGCUGAGAAACAGCGCGACCAGGAGAAGUUACGCGCUCGGGCGCAGAAGUUCGGGCUCUCAGCUGAAGAAGAUCGUUCCCAAGUGGUCCCCACGGGCAUUAAGCCAGCGUCCGCUAAGGUGCGUCGAGAGCGAUGCGACGUCAAGGCUCCAAUAGUUGAAGGACAGACUGUGGUAUUCCGCGACGACGCACUGCACAUGUACUCGUUGGACGAGAAGUUCCAGCAAGUCCGUACGAGUGAUGUGAUGGAUUACUUCGUGGGGUACGGCCCAGCAUACGUGGAAUGGUUCAACGACAGCUCGUGUACCGUUGUGUUCCAGGACAACUUUACUGCUGCGAGAGCGCUCGUUGCACUGAGUCAGGAGAUCCCACCGCAAACUUUGAAGCAGAAGAAGGAGAAGACUGGUGCGUCUGGAGAAGAUGUCGAUAUGGCUGAUGCAGAGGCGUCUGCGGAUGACUCGGCCAUGGCAAUGGAAGUAGAAGAGGAAGUUGAGGUCCCUGAUGUCGAGUUUAAUCGCUCGCAGUGGCAUCUGGGUAACCCCAUUGGCAGUCAGACGCAGCCUCGUGACAAGAAGUGGCGCGUGUUGCUGCGUAAGGCCACGGACGACGACUUUCCUCCUGAAAAACUCCCUAAGAAGGGCAUGUAUCACUCUCGGGGCAGUCAGCGCCAUGACGCACGAGGCAGUCGUCGUCGCAAUGAUCGAGAGUACGGAUCCUCGUCCCGACGACGUGGCGGCUCAAGAGCUCAUCCGUACGGCGAGUUUCGCGAAGACCGACAUGGAGAGGAACCGUCCCGCAGUCGUCGUCGUAACAAGAACGAUGAUCGCGAUACCGGUAAACCCUCUAAGCGUAUUCGUGUGAACCCUGACGGCUCCAUCAACAUUGUGCGGGAUGAACAAGCAGCUUUCAGUGAACCAGCGAGUGAGAGUAAGCCAGCCGAUGUCCCUAAGUCCGAACCAGCUCCGGCGGUAGAGUAAGCUGGUAUGGAUACAACUCGUCAGCCUGCUACAUGUAUCGAGCGGUAUUAAGAUCUCACCAACUGAUAGAAAGAGCCCGGAUCACAGCCAUAAGUUACCGCUAAAUUCGUUGUCAUCUCUAAAAAUCUGGUUGAAACUUGGCACUGAUUGCUUCUCGGCAGUAUGGACAUUCCCCAAAAACUGUAUGGAAGGAUUGACGCGAUGUGGGUAGCGCACGAAGCCAGUCAAAUAGGCAUUUGGCGUGGAAUGGUCGAUUGCACUUGGUGUUUUCACACAGACGGUCAGGGAUGCGUGAGCCUUGCUCUUCAACUGUUUUGCAUUGGUUCGUUCCAUCAGGUUCUUGCUUCGCUUCCUCAUUGUCUUCCUCGUCCACUAGGCGGUACGAAUAGCAGAUCCCGCAUUCAACCGCAAACUCUUCAACCUUCGCUGUCUUUGGAGACGGCAGGGUAACUUCUAGUACGGCUUCUAGGUUCUUGUGUAGUGGUCUGGAUUCAUCCCACUUGGUCGAUCCAUUGUUGCCCCAGCGUUCACGUAACAUUCCGACACUGGCCUGGUUGCCGAAGAAGUUCAAUUCAGUCAACAUCGCUGUUGGGUGUGUCGGGUCCACUUCAAAUUGCACCGACGCAUAUCGCUCAAGAGCCAAUCUUCUCCGCCCCGUAGCUCUCGAGGCAUGAUGCGGCUCCAGUACACAGGCCGAUGCAUCAAGUGCAUCCAGCACGUCCCAAAACUCCUGAAAUCGGUCCAAGAAGCUCUCAAACUGCUGUAAUAUGCCAUCCAACACAGACUGGUUGUCAUCGGGUGGCCAUUGCAGUUCAAAAGCUUCGGGAGCAUCUACCAAACACUCCGGCUUCGCUGUGAACCCUGCAGUCUCAUACUGCAAUGGCAGUAGCACUCGAAUCGCAUGGAUUCGUUCAGCCUUGUCCUUUGUCUCGAGCUCUAGCGAGCGCAAGUCGUCACUAAGUUGGCGAAGCCGAUUCCAGCCCACCACGUCCAGUUCCUCCAUCAAUCUGAC